CGCCCCCCGCCUUCCCGGCCGCGCUCGGAUGCGCCUGAUGCAGUGGGCGGACGGCCGGGGCCGGCGGGCGAGGCCGGGCUGAGGCGCUGCCCGGGGCCGCAUGCGGGGCCGGGAGUCGCCCCCGGCCGGAGCGGGGCCCGCCGGCGGGCGGCGGGGGAGGGUCCGCCGGGCGGCCGAGCGGCUCCGCACACACAGGUCUACCAGUCAUGAAACGAAUUCUUCUGUUUUUUAUCCUGGCUGCUGCUGUUAUGUAUGGUAUACUGCAUGGAAAUCUGUGGAGAAAUAACCUCUACUGGAUUAGCUUUUAUGGACAGACUUCCUCUGUGGGGGCUUCUCCUUCCUAUGAGACUAGUGGCCUUACCCAGCUGCCACCUACAGCUGUGGAGAGAAGGAGUUCGCUGGACACUUGUCUCCUGAAACCAGCAUUUGAAUCUUUACUGGGUGUUGACAAAAUAUACCCAUUCCUGUGUGCUAAUGAUUUUAUGAGGGUGGCAGAGUUCCAAGGGAGCGAUAAGUUUGAACUACCUUAUGGAAUAAAGAGAGCAGAGCAAUUUUUUCGUUUAGCCCUUUCAAGACUGCAGAGCUGUGGACUUCCCAAUGAAGAUGACAACAUUGCCUGUCGUCGGUGUGUUGUGGUCGGUAAUGGAGGAGUACUUAGAAAUAAAACACUAGGGGAGAAAAUUGAUUCAUAUGACGUCAUAAUAAGAAUGAAUAAUGGCCCCGUUAUAGGGUACGAAGAGGAUGUUGGGAGGAGGACAACUUUCCGCCUUUCUUACCCAGAAUCUAUCUUCUCAGAUCCGAUCCACUACGACCCUAAUACAACUGUUGUUCUCGUUGUCUUCAAACCACGUGACUUGAAGUGGAUUUGGAAGAUCCUAAGUGGUCAGAAAAUAAGUGAUAAAGGCUUUUGGAAGAAACCGGCUAAGAAUAUGAUAUACAAAUCUAGUCAAAUCAGGAUUCUUGAUCCCAGCAUCACCAGGAAAACAGCUUAUGAGUGGCUUCGUUUCCCAACAAGGUUUCCUAAGAAGGAGAAACCCAAGCAUCCAACAACAGGACUGAUUGCCAUUACACUAGCAUUUCACAUAUGCCACGAAGUCCACCUGGCAGGCUUCAAGUAUGACUUCUCUGACAGAAACAGUUCUUUGCACUACUAUGGCAACGAAACCAUGUCUCAGAUGAUCCAGAAUGAAUAUCACAACAUCAGUGCUGAGCAGACAUUCUUGAAGAAGCUUAUAGACAAGAACUUUGUGGUCAAUUUGACGUGAAAGCUGAAUGGAAAAUACAAAGAAGAAUCACUAUUUUCAAGAUUUGAAAAAUUUUUAUUUUUUGUAUGACAUUUUUAUUUUUUAAGUGCAGCAUAACUGUUUACUGUUUAAAAGGAGCCCAGAAACCUCGCCAAGGCAGAAGCUUCUUCUAAGCCUGAGGGUAAUGGACUACUGCAAACAGACUCAACUGAAUUUCUGUGAAGCUAUUUAAUAGUGGGAAAACCAUGAAACUUUCAGCUGGAAGUAUCAGGGAUAUAAAAAAAUGUGAUGAACAUCACUUAUUUAUCAGUGAGAACUCUUUCCAAAUGAUGAUGUCCUUCAAAAGGGUUCCACUGUCAAGAGACUGAGAUGACCAGUGUUUAAUUAGUAGAUGGAUGUAAAGUAUUGAAUAUCUGUCUUGUAGUGUGGAAAUGGCUUCAAAACUAUGCCUAUAAAUAAUUACUGUAUGUUUUGGAGAAGGGUGGACAUACAGAGCGUACAGGUUUUGGUCUGCUGUACUCCUGAGGAGAGGACGUCCACCGUCAGCAAAGAAGGCACGCGCAGCUUGUGCGCUGCCCAUCGACUCUGAAUUGCUGUUUGCCUUCACCAAAGGUGAAGACCCUUUGGUCCAGUUUGUGGAGAUGUUGAUUUUACAAUGCUUGUGUUGUACCGGUUUUAUGGAAGAAUCAUAUUCCCUGUGCUGUGCAUCCAGUAAAUGUUACAGUUGCUGACUUGACUUACAAAAGAGGGAGUGUGAAGACCGAAGAGUUGUCCGAACUGCCAGUGUGUCAGGCACCAGACCAUAAUGGAAACGUGAGCUGGGACAGAUGUUCACGCCUGAGUUUAGAGUCAAUGCUUGUUGGAUUCCUAGGUCUCCAGAGCAGGAUGUCAUGUAUUUUUCUGUUUGCUCCCCAAGAACUGAGGUGGAUUUUUCCAAAUGAGCACAAUCUCCUUCUUCAGAUGCUGUAAUGCAUUUCCACCUUUGAAAUGCAUCAAUACUCCCCUGCAUGAAUACUCCCAUUUUUGGCAGUAGGGUGUGGUAAGGAAUAUCCAAGAUGUACCUCAGCUGAAUUAUCAUUUGGCAUCUGUUUACCUCUCCUGUCCUGACAUUUAGGUUUAAAGUAUGUGGCUGAACUAAAUCAUUUAGCAGUGGGAAUUUACUGAUAUUAAUUGAAACAUUUAAUGGGAUGUUUAUGUUUUCUGUAUUGGUUUGUCUCUGACAAGCCUGCUGAAUAAAUUAAGUCUACAUGGGAAUGCACUUGACAGUUGUCAAAGAACAACAAGUAAUACACUCUUCUAAUUCUUGCACAGGGUGUGUAUAUGAAGUUUUUAUUUUAAUUGUGGCAGAUUUGUUGGAAGGUUUUGUGGUUAUCUUAAUCAAUCAUAUCUAAAAAAAAAUAUAAAGAAGUCCACUUCCCCCCAAAAAAAAGUUUAAAGUUGGUUUAAAGUUUAAAGCAGUAAAUACCUUUGCUGCUUUUAAAUAAAAUUAUACAGAUUGUGCAUUUAGGGGUAAUGCAAACUAUUGUAGUAUGAAUACAAACCUCUAAUAGAUCAAGAGCAUGGUGUUUCUUCUUUUCAGAAGCUGAGGAUUACAAGAGCACUGAAAACAAUUUCUUUGCUGCAGCAAUGUAGAGGAAUAACCAUUGAAGUAACCAAAGAGUCUUCUUUCUUUUUCGAUUACUCUUGGGGAGAGCGGUAGGUAUUUGAAACAAACAAGCACACACCUUCCCAUAGUUCUCAUUUCCAUCUUUAGCUCCUUGGCUCUGCCAUUCGGGAAUUAGCGAGGGCAGUAUGAUUCAGAGUGGUGCCACAGCUGAAGGGGAGGAGGCUUUUGUUCUCACCUCAUGACUCCUGAGCUUUGGUCUGUUUCAGGCAAGCUGGACAUACCUGAAAUAACUCCGGAUAUCAGAAAAAUCUGUGGCAUGGGGUGUUGAAGGACCUAGAUGUGUCCCCAGCAAGGGACAGGCUGUACUGUGGUGUCUUGUCAGCUGCAGUCCAGCCGUGUGCAGGGUGGCAGGCAGGAGUGUGGAGGAGAAGGAAACCUGGGAGGUCCUAGGGCCCUGGAGCAGGUGGUGGAAAUGGAGGAAACCACAAUUUCUUCACUAGGUGGCAGAAGGGCUCUCAGUCUUUUUUUUAAUAUG